AUGGCCGACAAGAACCAUCCCAACAUUGUGCGACUGCUUGGGUUUGCGGUGGGAGGGGACGUCAGCUUUGGUGUGCUCAUGCUUGUGGUGCUCACUGGACGGUCUUCACUUUUCGAGGAUGCUGGGGAGACCAAGCACAUCGUGGUGUGGGUAUCCGAGUGCCUGUCAUCGGGUGGUUUAGAGAGCCUCAAGCACCCCACCAUGGACGCCCCUGGGGAUGUUGUGAAGCGCUUGGCUGAUCUGGCAGUGAGCUGCACCGUGGAGCGCACUGCAAGCCGCCCAAGCAUGGUGCACAUUGCCACCCAGCUGCAGGCUGUCAGGGAGGAGGUGUUGGGGAAAGAGGAAUCUGGCGCUGCCAUCAAGGUGGAUGCGCAGGUCCAGGAGAUGAAGGAUGCUGUUGCGGGACGUGUAGCGUACAGUGGACAUGUUGUGAUGCGCCUUGCCCUCCCCUUCCCGAUCCCUAACCCACCCCAACCCUUUCAGCUUCAUGGGCCCGCCACUCCAUCCCCACCCUCCCUUUCCAGUUGGGACCGCAACGGGGCUCGGGACUUUGCGUGGUACGUGUCUCUGAUCGACGAGGCAGCGCAGCACAUCGUGAACACGGGGGGAAGCGCGGUCACAUGCGAGGCGUCCAGCACGCUGCUCACAAGCUCAGCGUGCAUAGCGGUGGUGCUGGUUCCUGGUGCUGGUGGCUGGCGCUGGUGCUGGUUCCUGGUGCUGGCGCUGAUGCUGGUGCCUGGUGCUCGCGGCUGGCGCUUGUGCUGGGUCCUGGUGCUGGCGGCUAGCGCUGGUGCUGGUUCCUGGUGCUGGCGGCUGGCGCUGGUGCUGGUUCCUGGUGCUGGCGCUGGUGCUGGUGCUGGUUCCUGGUGCUGGCGGCGGGCGCUGAUGCUGGUUCCUGGUGCUGGCGGCUGGCGCUGGUGCUGGUUCCUGGUGCUGGCGGCUGGUGCUGGUGCUGAUUCCUAG